AUGGCAUCCACAACACCUGCGGAAACAACAACUAUUCUACCACAAUGGCAUCCACAACACCUGCGAAAACAACAACCGCUGAAACAACAGCAGCAGAAACAACAGUUGCCAAAACAACAGACUUUACCCCAACGGCAUCUACGACACCUGGAGAAAUUGAAACAACAGCAGCAGAAACAACAACAGUUGCCACAAACGCAGCAGAGACAACACCUGCAGAAACAACAACAGCUAUUUUGCCACAAAAGACCAACACCUGCGGAAACAACAACCCUGCUGCAACAACAACUGCAGAAACAACAACUGCAGAAACAACAACUGCUGAAACAACAGCAGAAACAACAGUUGCCACAAAUGCCGCAGACACAGCUGGAGAAACAACAACCACUGAAACAACAUCUGCUGAAACAACAACAGUUGCCACAACAACAGACUUUACCACAACGGCAGACACAACGACUGCAGAAACAACAACCACUGAAACAACAACAGCUGCCACAACGACAGACUUUACCACAACGGCAGACACAACGACUGCAGAAACAACAACCACUGAAACAACAGCAGCAGAAACAACUACAGUUGCCACAACAGACCUUGCCACAAUGGCAGACACGACACCUGCAGAAACAACAGCUGCCGCAGUAA